UGGCCACCCUCGGGAACAUUCCUCCUACUACCAGCUCGGCAGGUGACACCUUCUGCUGUCCAAUAUGUCUUGAAGAGGUCAGGAAUCCAAAGUACCUCUCGUGUCUUCAUACUUUCUGUGAAUCGUGUAUUGAAACAUACAUAUGGAGCACUGCAACGUGUCUUGACAGAUUAAAUUUAAAGACGAUUGAUUGUCCGGUAUGUCGAAAGUGCAUCGAUGCUCCUAGGAAGGACAUUUCAGACGAAGAAUGGGCAUCUUCCUUACCCCAAAAUAAACUUAUUGUAAGCACACUGAUGAAUUCAAAGAAUGCCAACAAGCAAUUCUGCAAGUUCUGUGAACAAUCGUUCAUCGUUCUCUGACCUGCAGAAGUGUGUUGAUAACAUGCAGCUGACAAAUCAGACCAAAAUUGCCCACCCUAAUUCAAAGAAACAAGAAAUUUGUGUGAGCACUGAAAAGGCAAUUCAAGAAUUAAAGAAAAUGAUUGACGUAGCAUUUUCGUCAUGGACAAAGCGAUUUGAACUGAUCCAUGCAGAUUCUAUCGGAAUCUUGGAACUUGCAUCUGAUGAAUUGAAACGGUUUUCGACCACAGUUCUUGAAACCAAAAUUCUUCUACAAUCGAUGUUAGAGAAUGGCUCUGCUAAACAACUGUUUAUCACCAAACAAAGUCAGCUCGCUAGAAUCGUUGAUCAUGUUUCUCGUUUGAAAUCUCAGGAUAUUUGGAAUUUUUCUAGAGAGUAUACACAGCAAGACACUAGAUUUUGUCAGCAGCUUUUGAAUCACAAAAAGUUUGAGGAUGUAAAGAUGUCCAGAGUUCCAUCUGGAACGAUUGAGACUAUUCUACAGUCUAUCUCGAAAGCGUAUUGCAGCAAUUUCUUGAGAAGGAAACAUGAAAUGUCCAAGAAGGACUGGAUGAAAGUUACUUUCAAACUAGUAUCCCAAAUAAUCAGUUUGCCAGAGAGGUCUUAUUAUGGUUUAUUUAUUCAUGACACAAACAUCAUUCUAAGCUUUAUGAAUCCCCCUUCUCUUAAAAUUUUCGACAUUAACGAACCUGGUGGAAAAUGUAUUCACACCGAAGAGUGUCCUAGCCCUCCGUAUGGUCUGUGCCACUCCAGGGUAAACGAGAACUUGAAUGAGGUCUACGUGUCUUUCGAAAACAGAAUAGUUCUUUAUUGGAUUGAUGUCGAAGACAAUGUUAACUUUAUAAAACUCCGAACAAUAAAAUUAAUUAAACCCAUGCAAUCAAUUUCAUGUGGACUAACCACUUUAUACUCUGCAAAUAGCUCGAAAGCAUUUAUUUGUUCUCCGGAUUUUGUUAUAGAACGUGAAUCGCUGUAUAGCAAAGGAUUUGCUGCUGUCCCAUUUCUUUUUUCGUCAUCGAAGUCUGAUUUUCAUGCGUUUACUAGAGGUGGGAGAGUUGUUGUUGUAGAUCGAAAUUACAAACAGAAUUUCCACAGCUUUUGA